AUGAGCAAAUCAUUUCGCCGUUCCAUGACCACGGCCCCGCACGACAAGUUGCCAGGAAUCGAAAAAAAUGGCGACAGGUCAGGGCGGCAGCGGCGUGCCGUCUUCGCGCGGAGCAGCAGCGGAAUGUCCCAGGACGGCCCCGCCAUGGGCCACGCCAAGACGGAAUCCGUGCCGCUGACGUCCAUGGCGGAGGAGGAGUCCGAAGAGGAAGACCCACGGGAAGCGAUCGUCGCGGAGCAUCCCUUGUUCGAAGGAACCAGUGAGGAGUUCCGCAACGAGCUGCUGCUGAAUCUCAGAACAUUCCAGGUGAAGCCCAUGGUCAGUCAUGAAAUCAAGACGGAGUACGCUCGGGAAAUGUUCGAAAGCAGCCUGAUGAGACCGAGGGCGCGUGUUCUGCUGACGCAAGGGAAGGCCCCACAAGACCUCAAUGGUUUGCUCCUGGUCCACCCCGACGACUUCCAUGUCUUUGAAACGGUCUACAACAAUGUAGCUCAUGAUGAUGAGGUUCUACCUGGUGUGGCUGGCCAGGAAGUGGCUUUGCAGAUUACUUCUCAUAGUCCCUUCACCGUGCGCUGCCGUGAAGAACCUCAACAUGGUUUCUUUUUCAUCAGUACCGAUAUGUUGGACCUCCUGCUCGACAGGCACCGGGCGGAGCGUGCCAAGUUGAAACACACUGCGUACCAUGCGGCCACAGAGUUUUUGAGAUCCUGGCUCAUGAAACAUCACUCCAAAGUCUAUGUGAAGCUGUUCGUGAACCUGGAUGAUGAUUUUAAAUAUGCAUUAUUAAAUCAAGUGCAGAUCCAAUUCUUCAAGGCGGACGAUCUGAUCUGCAAAGAAAAUGAUGUGGGUGAUUCUUGCAUCUUUGUCUAUACGGGUGAAGCAGAUAUCUACUGCAAACAUGCCUUAGUGGGACGGAUGUCGCAACUGCCUGGGACCAAAGCAUGGGAAUCCUGGUGGGGCGCCCUGGAAGUUGGUGGCAGCUGUCUGGAACGUGUGGCCUCGGUGAAAGCCUACACGGACUGUGUUGUUUGGGAGCUCUCUGCCAAAGCCAUGCGCGAUCUCUGGUUGCUCUUCCCUUAUGAGUGUAGCUUUUUUGACAAGGUUGCCAUGAAGCACCUGCAGCUGUUGUACCCUUUCACCGAUCGUGUGAGUGAAAUCAAUAUGUUCGAAAGUUGUAGUGCCGAGUUCACUCGGGUUAUUCGUGGCUUGAUGGUGCAAAAAGUCUACUGUCGGGAUGAGAUUGUGAUGCAAGAGGGUGACACUGGAGACGAGAUGUACGUGCUUUGUGUCGGCAAGUGCAGUGUCUUCCGCGGCUACAAUACCGAGCCCCUGAGCCAUUUGCAUCCUGGGAGCUGUUUUGGUGGCCUUGCGGUCUUGAACAUCACCAGACGUCGCACAGCCACCAUCAAGGCGGACUGCGUCUGCGACCUGCGCGCGCUGACGCGGCCGGCCUUGCUGGAAGCGCUGUCGCAGUACCCGGGGGAUAAGGAAAAAGUCCGAGAAAUGGUGGAGGCGCAUAGUCAGAGUCGACAAGCCACGGCCAGUGCACUGCAGCGCGCCGGGGCCAGUGAAGGUGGCUUCAGCAGUCAAUUCCUGAACAUUUUGCUGGACAACAUGCAUGAACAGCCCUUCUUACCCAAGCAGGUGAUCUUAGAGGAGGGCAAGGAAAGCAUCCUGACUAUCCUCCUCCAUGGCAUGAUUGAGGUGGAGGUGAGUGGUGUCCACAUCGCCAAUGUCGUGGCGCCCGCCAUCUUUGGCGAGCGCGGGCUGUUGGAGCCUGGAUCCUUCUCCUCUGCCACGGUUCGCAGCUGUACAGUGGCUGAAUGCAUGAUUCUGCCCCCGACCUCCGCCGCCGUGCCCAUCGUCCGCGCCCGGCUGCCCGCCGACAUCGUACGGCUGGAGAGGAUGCUGGAGAAGAAAAUGGCACUCACCAGGACCCAGCUUGCGAGUACCGAUGAUAUGGCCUCCGCUGCAGAGCAACAGGACAAGGGUUUGUUUGGAGCCUGCAGUGCUGAGUUUUUGGCCAAGCUGGGCAACUACUUCGAGCGCCGCGUCUACGUGCCAGAUCAGAAGAUCAUCGUCGAGGGGGAAGAGCCUCGCUAUGGCGUGAUGAUCCAUCAAGGAACAGCACUGGUGGAAUCGCAAGGAGUGCUCAUAGCAGAGUGUGGCCCUGGGGAAUUCUUAGGAGAGGUGGCCAUUCUGGGUUUAUCCACGACCUCGAGUGCCACCGUACGGGUGCAGACGAAGAUCGUCGCAUACACCGUGGAGGCACAUUCGAUGCAGGAGGUUUUGGAUGAGUUCCCAGAAGAGAGGGUGAGACUACGCGAGAUCAUGGAGAAGAGGGCCGUGAAGACCACGGAAGUGAAAGCCUCCAAGUUCUUGGCGACGAAGUCGAAGUCGGUGAAUAAGUUCCUGAAAGUGGUCACUGCCAGACGGAUUUCCCAGGCCUCAGAGGAGUUAGCGGUUCCGAAAGUGGACUUUGAGGCAAUCCAAGAGAAAGCGAAGAGGACCCUGCCAGGGCCCUUGCAAGGCCGGGAAUGGGUGGAGCAGAGGAAGGAGAAGCUCUUGGAGGCUCCCAAGAUCCGGUGGCAACGGAUGCAAAGAAACGGUGCAGUCCUGGAGCCGCUCCCUGCCCAGCAAGGUGUGCGUGUGCCGCAGAUCAAAGAUUCCUCGAAAGUGGCGCCUUUCUCCAAGCGCGCCUUAAGGAAGGCCAAGAACUUGUACGGGAAGAUGGUCUGGCAGGAGCUGUUGCCCAAGAAGGCCAUGAUGAUCACGGCCCCCGACGCGAAGGAGUUGGAAGCUGUAUUGGAUGCGGCUGAGGAAGAUGAAGUAUGGGCCGAGCAGCCGGAGGUGGAAGUCGAUUCGCUGGCGAAUCUGCCACCGGAGCUUCUGGUGGAGGCGCAGAUUCCCAUGGCCUCCUUCAAUGACGUGGCCAAGUUUGCUUCGAAGUUGGUGAAGCAUGCCCGGAGCGAGGAGCCUCCGGCAAAGCCCAAGCCUGAAGCAAGCCGCAGUCGGCAAGGGAGCAUUCAGAUAUCUUGGACGAAGAAGGCAUCGUUGCUGGGCCGCAGUAGCAACCUGGGAGGGGUGCCAGCGGUGAUCACGAGACAGCGACCAGAGCGAAGGGAACCGGCGGCCCAGUGUCCAUUCGACGGCAUGACCUCGACGGGUUCUGUGGGGCUUGGGUGCCCUCCCAAUGACAUCCAAAUGGUUUUGGACACCAUUUUCAGAUUUUCGUUGAUGUCAGGAUUCUUCCUGUCGCAGCAGCUGCGGUAUCUGGUGCAUGCGGAAAACGAAUCGCUCCGCUGCCGUGUGGCGGAAGUUAUCUUUUAUGGCUCCCUGAAGGGAGGAAAAGAUGGCAGGGAGCAUGGAUGGAACGCCAAGUUUGGCCGCGACGAGCUCUCUUCGAUCGAGCGCGAAGGCUUUCGGCAGAAGCUCACGGAAGGUGUCGAUUGGCAAAAGUAUGACCCAGUCCUGGAGUCCUAUUCCUCAAGGACUCCGAUGAAUUCUUACGACGUCUUGAAAUGCAGUCAGGCCUGCUUCCACCUCUUCGAGUUGCUUCGCCUUCUGUUGCCGGAGCAGGAGAUCCAGCCCGUAGAUCCAACGCUGUUGCGGAAUUCGAAGAAGUUCACCAAUAGCAUCUUCGAAUUGAUCAGCAGCGGCAAAUUGCAUUUCGUGCCGGACGCGGCCGGUGAUGCGAAGCGACGGUCGGCGGAGAACGUCUGCGACUGCGUCGCGGGAUGCCAACAGCUCCGGCGACUCGAGGUCAAGGUGACCCAGGAUGACGAGGUGGUCUCUCCACUGGUGAUCCAAACCGUGGUGGAUGACGAAGAGGCAGAGGUGGGUGAGUGGAGGUACAUUGUGUUGGACCCCAAAGGGGUCACGCUGAGAUCGCACGCCACGUACGACAAGGCAGCCAAGUUGAAGGAACGGCUGGAGGAAGGGGAGGUGGUGGAAGUCUUGGAACGCCGCGAGGGACCCGACACGGUCUUCUUGAGAGUAGAGAUCCCUAAAUCCGGGAAUACCGGUUGGGCAUUCACAACUCAACCUGGACCUGGGUCCUUUUUGAGGCUCUUGGAGGUCGAAGUCAAAAGCUGCCAUUUGUAUUUUCAAGCGCAGAAGCGGACGGCGCUGCGGAAGCGCUGUUCCUACGUGGACUCUGCGAAGGUGGGUCGUAUGGUUGAGAAGGGACAGCUGCUUCAUGUGGUGCGACGAUUGGAGGUGGGUGGCACCACUGGACUGCAACUCGAUACUGGUGAGUGGCUCGUCUUUCCCAAGGAUCAAGGAAUCUCCCUGGAAGGUCCGCUCGAGGUGCGAAAGAUGCACAACGAGGAAGCAGAAGUGCGUGCAGAUGAAGCGGUGGCUUUGAGGAAAGGUCCAACCGAGCUCCCUUGGGCCCUCACCAAGAAGGUGCUUCUGCCAGGCUCCAAGGUCUUAGCCAUUCGACGCGCCCACCUGCAUGGUGAGAUGUGGAUGGAAGUGAUGCAACUGGGUGGCCUUUCCGGUUGGAUGUUAGCCUCGGACCUACAAUUGGACUUCUGCAUCUCCAGCCUCCCCCGACGCAACCGCUGA